AUGGCAGCUACUUCGGAUUUGGAGUUGGAGGAGAUGGAUUUGAAUGUAGAAGAACGUGCUAAAACAGAGCGGGAGGAAGAAGAGAAACCAGGAGCAGAAGGCAAACCUCCCAUCAAGAAGAAAAAAGUCUAUAGGAUUGUCUCAAAAUGGAUGCUUCCUGAACGCAAACGAAUGGCAUACCUUGAUAGAGCCACCUGCAUGCCACCCCCUUUGUUCAUCAUCCUCAUCAGUAUAUUGGAGCUGGCAGUGUUUGUUUACUAUGCUGUGUGGAAGCCCCAGAAUCAAUGGAUCACCUUGGACAUGGGCAUCUUGGAGAGUCCCUUCACCUACCACCCUUUGAAGAGGCAGGAAGCCUGGAGAUUUAUCUCAUACAUGCUGGUACACGCUGGAAUUCAGCACAUCUUAGGGAAUCUUAUCAUGCAGCUUCUUUUGGGCAUCCCCCUGGAAAUGGUCCACAAAGGCCUCCGGGUGGGGUUGGUGUACCUGGCGGGAGUGAUUGCAGGAUCUCUUGCCAGCUCCAUCUUUGACCCGCUCAAGUUUCUGGUGGGUGCGUCAGGAGGAGUCUAUGCUCUGAUGGGAGGCUAUUUUAUGAACGUUUUAGUGAAUUUUCGAGAAAUGAUUCCUGCCUUUGGAAUUUUCAGACUACUGAUCAUCACCUUUAUAAUCAUGUCAGAUAUGGGAUUCGCCCUCUAUAGAAGAUUCUUUGUUUCUGGAAAGGAGUCACGGGUAUCUUUUGCAGCUCACAUUGCAGGAGGAUUUGCUGGAAUGUCCAUAGGUUACACUGUAUUUAGCUGCUUUGAUAAAGCACUGCUGAGAGAUCCAAGAUUUUGGAUAGCAAUUGCAGCUUAUUUAGCUUUUACUGUAUUUGCUGUGUUUUUCAAUAUUUUUCUAUCUCCAGCAAACUGACCUGUCCCUAACAUAAACCAAUGGACUAAAGAGAGCCAUCUGCGAGAGAACAAUAAAUAUCUGGAAAAAUCUACAAAGAGACAGAAGACCCAGCAAAUGCUAGCAAUUUUAUAAACAGGCAAAAUGGUACUGGAAGCCAUCAGUGCUUAAGAGGCUGAAGAAGUAGUUUCUGGAUGCAAAGCAAGGGAAGAAGAACUAAGAAAUGAGAAGUGAAAACCAGAUGUUGGGCCUUUCCCAGGUCUAUUGUAUGCAUUUAUGUACAGGUCUGGAAGUAUUGUUCUUCCUGGAGAAUCUGAGAGAAAUUUCUUGAUAGAGCCCAUGAAUUGUACUGUACUAGUA